AUGACCACAGAUGCCUCAAUAACGGGUUGGGGUUGCUCCCUAGCUGGCACACCUACAGGUGGCUCAUGGGACUCUGGAGAAUCGGAGGAACACAUUAACUGGCUGGAAGUUAAAGCCAUAUUACUCGGUCUAAAAUCAUUUGCAGAUCAUAUUUGUCAAAAGCAUGUAAAAAUCAUAUCGGAUAACGCAACAGCAGUCUGCUGUAUAAAUCAUAUGGGGACUAAUCACUCCAAGGAGAUAAAUCUCUUGGUAAAGGAGAUAUGGGAUUUUUGCAUUACGAAUAGCAUUUGGAUUACUGUAGCACAUAUCCCAGGAAAACAAAAUGUCAUUGCAGAUUUUGAAUCGAGGACAGGUACCAAUGAUAUUGAGUGGGCCUUAGACCAAACAGUGUAUGAUCAAGCAAUCCAAUUACUGGAUGUGACGCCCAGUAUUGAUCUGUUUGCCUUAAGGCUAAACUAUAAAUGCAAGCCUUAUGUUGCAUUCAGACUUGACCCUGAGGCUCAAGCCAUAAAUGCCUUUCAUAUCUCUUGGAUAAACAUGUGUUUUUCUGCAUUCCCACCUUUUUACAUUAUCAACCAAGUAUUACAAAAAAUAUCAGAAGAGAAGGCAACAGGCAUAAUAGUAAUUCCACACUGGCCGACCCAGUCCUGGUGGCCAUAUCUAACCAAUAUGUUAAUAAAUUGUCCCCUUAUGUUGCCUAGCACACAAACAACACUGAUGUUACCAUCCCAUCCUCAGAAGAUACUGUACAUCCUCUGCAAAAGAAGUUGCGAUUACUGAUGUGCCACUUAUCGGGGGAUUACUUGAAAGUCAAGGAAUUUCAAAAGAAGCUGCUUCAGUCAUCGUACAAGCAUGGAGACCGGCGUCUCAAAAACAGUGCAAAUACUAUUUACAAAAGUGGGAACAGCACUGUUGUGAACGAAGUAUCAAUCCCAUUUCUCCAAAUGUAGGGACUGCAAUUGAUUUUCUACAUGAAUUUUACAAGGAAGGAUUAUCCUAUAGCACAUUAAACACGGUACAGUCAGCUCUAUCCAGCGUUGUCCAACCAAUAGACAAUUUCACAUUUGAGAAACCAUCCACUG